AUGCCUUCACCAUGGAUUUCGCGGCGCGGAAAAUGGUUCUGGAUUCUCACAGUCUCUACAGUGGUGGUAAUAGCCAUUGCUUUAGGAGUAGGACUUGGCAUCGGCGGCACCUUCUGGAAGCCCGCAGUAGGCGAAACAUGGCAGAUUGUGCUUCUGACUCCAUUGGACAACACCACCACCAAUGCCUCCGUCUACGACGUCGACCUCUUCACCAACCCCAUCUCCACCUUCCAAAAUCUCCAGUCCAUGGGCCGGAAAGUCAUCUGCUAUUUCUCGGCCGGUAGCUACGAACCCAACCGCCCCGACUCAAACAACUUCACCGCAGCCGAUAAAGGCCAUGGCGUCGACGGCUGGCCAGGCGAGUUCUGGCUCAAUACCAGCUCCCCCAACGUCCGCGAUAUCAUGACCCAGCGGCUGAAGCUCGCAGCGCAGAAAGGUUGCGACGGCGUUGAUCCUGAUAACGUAGACGCAUACAACAACAAUGGCGGCGGUUUCGGCCUCACCAGCACGGACGCAAUCGACUACCUCUCCUUCCUCGCCAUCGGCGCGCACUCACUCGGCAUGGCAGUUGGGCUGAAGAAUGCAGGAGAGAUUGUGAAUCAGACACUGCCGAUGAUGCAAUGGCAGGUUAAUGAGCAAUGUGUACAGUACGGGGAAUGCGCAACUUUCCAGCCAUUCAUCAAGGCCAACAAACCGGUCUUUCAUAUUGAGUACCCGCAGAGUUCGGGUGAGAUGAAGUUUACUGCAGCUCAGCUUUGUGGGGUGGGGGAUACGAGUUUGGACGGGUUUAGCACGGUGCUGAAGAGUAUGGACUUAGGUGAUCCUGUCACUGAGUGCUCGAACUCGUGA